AUGCGUUCGUUGAUUGAGGACGUUAGGUCGUCCUGUGACUUUGAUAUGACAGAAGGUGACCAACCAACAGAUAGUUACUGGGAUGUUCCAGGGCUGCGAGCUAGUGACUACCACAUUCGGAAACGGCCUUUUAAACAAGGGCCUGGGUCCCCUUCGGAUUCCGGCGGAAGUUCCACUACAGAGGAGUCAGGUGACCGGAAAUUGAAGAGCCCUAAAAAAUCAUCCCGACGGAGAAAGGGUGUAAGUGCUCGGGAACGCAAUAUACGUAGAAUAGAAAGCAAUGAACGUGAACGCAUGCGCAUGCAUUCUUUAAAUGAUGCAUUCCAGGAUUUGAGAGAAGUGAUUCCACAUGUUGAGUUGGAAAGAAAAUUAUCUAAAAUAGAAACCCUCACAUUAGCCAAAAACUACAUCAAAGCUCUAACCAACGUUAUAUGCGAGUUCCGAGGGGAAAAAGGACCAUAUGCCUUCGAGAAGGCUAAAAUUAACAAUAUCGAGGAUAUGGACUCUUCCGAUGAGUUGGAACCCAUUCCAAAUCAGUGUACUGACAAUGAUAACGUGGAGGUCGAUGAUAACUACGAUAUGCAAGAAUCGCUUGGAAGUGUUAGCGAUUAA